AUGGUGGUCCACCAGGUGGGCAGCAGGGGCCGAGUGGCAGCCGAGAGAAGGGGAAGUCGCUGCGAGGACAGGAAGCAGACGCUGUUGGCAUUGCUGGUCCUGGUGCUCUAUGUGGGCACAGGAAUAUCAGGAAGAAGUUGGGAGGUGUCAGAAAGGAUCAGAGAAUGUAACUACCCCCAGAAUCCUGUGACUUCCCAGGUGUUUGAAUACCAGACCAGCGACUCCCCAGAAGAGCCGAUCAAGGUCAUGAGGACCUGGUUGAAAGAGAACUUGCAUGUUUUCUUGGAGAAGCUAGAGAAAGAGGUGCAAGAGCUGGAGCGGCUGGUACGGGACCUGGAGCAAUGGCUGGAUGCCCUCCUGGGAGAGGGGCACCCGGAGGACCUCUGCUCCACCGUCAGAAAUCACCUGUGA